AUGACAGCCUCAUUUCCUAUUCGCCCGCGACGCGGCUUGUCCCUUCUGUGCGUCAUAACCGCUUUUAGCUUCAGCGCCAUCAUCGUCAUUUGGUUUGGCAUGAACUCCGACCGAGAAUACAUUCACCCUGUUCUCACCCAGCUAAUCCCCGCCGGACACUGCGCCUGCGAAUCCUCUACUACCUUCCAGUGCUCGACAUGCCUCACCUGCCCAGAACCCGGUCUACAAACAGACCGGUCCCCCGUUUGGUCCUUUGAAUACGCCCGCGACGGUCAUAAUGAGACUCUCAACAAGAGCCAGUGCAAAGCUGCCUUCCCCGGGUUAUUCGAGGAUGUUGCGCGCGGUGGCAAAUUCUGGUCUUCGCAUGGUCGCUUGUCGUCGGUAGAACUAGGCGCCAUCAAGAUCGAACAUGGUAUGGCGCGUGCAUUUAUCUCUAAUGGCCAAUUAUACGUGGUCACGGCGCGGUCCAAGGGGGAGGAUCACCGACGGAAAAUUCUGGGGACAUUGAGCUCAAUCCAUCGUGCGCUGGCCGCCGACCCAGAAAGAGCUUCUAGACGCGACUUUGAAUUUGUUUUCUCGGUGGAAGAUAAGGUCGACGAUGUGACUAACUCGGAAUGGCCGGUUUGGGUCUUUUCGCGCACUCCGACUGAGGAAGGGGUUUGGCUCAUGCCGGAUUUUAGCUUCUGGGCCUGGGAUAACCGAGACAACUACAUGGGGCCGUAUGACCAAGUGGUGGAACGAAUCAAACGAAGGGAUAUUCCUUGGUCAGAGAAAACGCCUCAAUUGGUUUGGCGGGGCAAGCCCAGUUUUGCGCCAAAAUUGCGACGCGCGUUGAUGGAGGCCGCUAGGAACAAAUCGUGGGGCGAUGUCAAGCAGGUUGAUUGGAACACGGGUUCCAAUGUCCUUAGGAUGGAAGAUCAUUGCCAUUAUAUGUUUAUUGCGCAUGUCGAAGGUCGGUCGUACUCGGCUUCAUUAAAAUACCGACAGGCCUGCAAUUCGGUCAUUGUCGCACACAAACUCCAGUUCAUCCAACAUCACCACUAUUUGUUGGUAGCAGAUGGUCCCAACCAAAACUAUGUCGAGGUCGAGCGCGAUUUCAGCGACUUAGCCGAAAAGAUGGAACCCCUGGUCAACGACACCGAAGCCGCCAAGCGCAUCGCCAAUAACAGUGUGACGACCUUCCGUGAGCGAUAUCUGACCCCGGCAGCUGAGGCUUGCUACUGGCGAUCACUGUUCGAUGGCUACGCCGGGGUGUGGAACGGGACUGUCGAGCAGUGGUCCGAUCGUAAGGACCGCGAACGAGGGCUUCGAUACGAAUCAUUUGUGCUUCUAGAGAGCGUGAAGAUGUACGAAUUCGAAGCUGCUAUCACUGAACAAUGGCAGGCUAUUUUGUAA